AUGGAUUCGGACUCUGAAUCAUACGACAAGACAGACAGAAACCUCUCAAAGGACGUUCUUGAGCCCGCCAUCCUCUUUUUGUCAGGUCGAGUUGUCCACGUCCAGGCUGCAAUUCCAAUCCCACUUUACCAACUAAACAGUGAUAUCAGCUCAACCUCGAACAAGGACUCAUCCGUGGCAUUCGAAAGAAUCGAGCAUGAUGUACCUGGGCUCAAGAUUGACGUCGAGGGCGACACUGCCAGCACACCGCGAAAGCGCCAUCUUUUCUACCUCGCACACCCUGUCAAUGGUCAAUACCGGACCGAUAUACCUGCUAGAUAUUACCUCACUUGUGCGGUACCCGAGAUGAUGGGCAAUAUUCGCCUCCAGUCUUCUGACUCGCGGUUCCAAAGGACGUCCUUCAAGGCGAUGUUAAGCGCGAAAAGAACAGCCGCAACCAAGCCAUUGUUUGACGAGGGUACACAACAAAGACUAUUGUUUGACGUCCAACCAAAUUGGAAAGUUGGUCGCAAUUGCUAUAGAUGGAGCGAUUCCAAUGGCAGAGAGGUGGCUGUUGAAGAAAAGGAGAAUGACAGAUAUAAAUUAUCCGUUAUGAGAAGUAUGUCGCAGGAGUUGAGGGAUGCACUAGUCGCUACGUGGCUUCUGAGGCUGUGGCAUGACGCAGCCGAGAGUAAACAAGCUAAAAGGGAAUUUUUCGAAAGCAUGACAUCACCAGAAGCAUAUAAGGAAAGCAUGGAUCCAUAUAUUGGUAGGCAGUGCCUAAUGAUGUGA